AUGGAAGGCAGAGGAGACACGACCAACUUCACAGCGGAAGAUGGACUGACUUUCCGCAUAUCGGAGAACCAGGUGAAGCAGCUGUGUGUGCCCGAAAGUCGAGAGCUAAAGCUGGCAAUACUGAACAACCAUCACGACGCACCGACAGCAGCGCACCUAAGCAUCGAGCGAACCACAAACGGUGUCAAGAUGUGUUUUUGGUGGAAGAUCAUGCUUGAAGACAUCAAAAGGUUUGUGCGAACGUGCAAGACGUGCAUGCAGUACAAGACCUCGAGCCAGAAAAAGCAAGGAAUGAUGCAAUCGAUCACAAUUCCAGAAGAGUGUUGGGAUUCGGUCAGCAUGGGUUCAUCAUCGGACUCCCAGAGUCCGAGGGAUGCGACUCGAAACUCGUAG